UACCUGAUAACACCGCAGUCUAGUCGGGAGCUUGAUCUUCAAGACAUCACAGACCCAUUCAGAAUGUCUACUCAACAAACACGAGCUAGCAAUUCCGUUCGGUACCGAGACCGGGUACUCAAAGCUCGGAUCGAUCCCCAACUGCCUGUACGACAAGUCAUCAAACAGCUAGCGGCCGCUUUCAAGACGGAAGAACCUGCUGCGACGCUGGCGAUACGAGAUGCAAACGAUGUCUUGGUUACGGAUGAAAACUUGACCAUCAAGGUGAUGGAAGGGGAUGAUCUGAAGGUGAUUGCAUCUCCCGCUCUGGAGGCUCUGGAUACAAUCUCGGCCAUGUCCUAUGCUUUACAGCCGCUUUCUCCUAUCCUUCCAGCUUCACCGACAAGGCAAACUCAACCGGGAUUGAAGCUUUCUCUUUUCAAAUUGCAUUCGUACAUCAAGGAGGAGGAAUUCAGCCACGAGUUCAUGCUCAAAGGAGGAAUGCAGCUUUUGGUGAAACUGUUGUCGGUCACGGACGAAACCUAUCAGGCAGAAGAUGCAUCUGGGGUACAAGAAGACAACAAGAUAUCGCGAGUCGAUCAAGCUGUAUCUCCGUUGACUGGGAAUAUGUUGGCCUACGCUUUGCAAAGCUUCUCGGCCAUAUUGGAAUUACAUAUUGGCUGGGAAACCAUCGGACCCCAGUGCAUUCGACGGCUCGUCCAUAUCGUCGCUACCGGGAAGACGCACAACGUCUCUCGUCCUGCGACCGAGGCUCUAUCUCAGCUAGUAGGACGGGUCAGCGAGACAGCUCUUCUCGAAAAGUUCACCGGUAAAGGGAAAGGUCGAGCGGAUGACAGACAGAACGAUUUUAGGUAUCUGGGUAUCGGACCGAUCUUUCCCGCUAUGCGAGGAGCGCCUGGAUUUCUACAGUCUGUGGUCAAACGAAUCGAUACGAGUGACUUGGAAAUGGGUUCAAAGAGCCUCGAACUGGUCAAUAGCCUCUUCGGCGCGGCCAUGGCUGAUGAGGUGGAAUGGAGUUUCCUGAUAGAACUCGAACGCACGAGAGUUAACGAUGUUGUUAAAAGAACAAUGAGUAUUUACGAACACACCGACAUCAAACAACACAUUUUCGACUUUCAGAAGCUCUAUCUGAGGUAUUUGGAACGCAAACUCCGCAUACCCUUCGUCAUACAGGACCCAUACCACGAAGGUCUAGCCCAGACCAUCCUUGAUCAUGCCAAAGAAGGUCGUCAUCCAGGAGCAGGACCUUUCGACCGGCAGAUCGACAAUACCGUGCAACCUCAGGAGGAUGAUAUCACCGGAAUUAGUUCAGCGACCUCGACUGGCGUGGGUCUGCUAGCGAUCGAUCUAUUAGCGACUGCUGGCUCAUACCCGCGCGAAUUUCUGAAAGUGAUUGAAGCUCUCCAGGACAUCGACGAGAAUUCCAGAGUUUCACUGGUAGUAGCUAGUUUCGAAAGCGCGCGCUUGUUAUUGUCGUGUUUUACGAACUUGAUGCGAUCGACCGCCCCCUCGUUUCAGCCGAUGCUGCUGGCCUUUUACCGCCUGCACACCUUGACUCUGAGAUUGUUCUUGGAGAUUUGGCAGUCUUCCGAGGCGGAUCUAGAUCACAUCGAACAAGUUUGCGAAUCCACGAAAUUCCACGUGCAAAAUGUACUGGAGCAGGACCCGCUUAUGGCUUGGCAUACUCUGGAACAACGCCUCCUCGAAACCCGCUAUGAGACCGUACUAGAGCUCCAGAUUACAGCAUAUGCUGAUGGCAAACAGCUUCAGCAAACUCUGUCCAUCAGAGAUUUGACCGAGGAACUCCACCAGCAAAGCCAAAACUUCGUUCAAGCACAAAGGCUAGACUGCAUGCGUGCUGGAACCUGGUUCUACGCUGGUCUCAAUUUGUCGAAGCAUGAGCUGCCGGAUCACAUGGACGUUUGGCGCUACGCUAAGCUCUCGCCAGAUCUCAAGACUGUGCAAUGGGGAGCAUUUAGAGAGCGCAACGACACAAACGUUUCAGCACGGCUGCCGGAAGUCUUGAUCCUGAGUGACGUUGUCGAGGUCAGAGCCCAGACUUCCCGACCCAUCACGCAGCACACCCAAACGAUUCCCUCUCAAACGUCGUUUUCUCUGAUGAGCGUGGAUGGGCUGAGCCUGCUCGAUCUCGUGGCACCAUCGCGCGACGCAUACACCGAAUGGAUGGAAGGCCUAGCACUUCUAUUCCAGUCCGAUCGGUACCACCCUGACGUCACAAGCGUACCUGAUAGGUUGAUAAAGUCUCUCGCGAAAUGUUCCCUGGACGCGCGCCUGCACAAUGUACCGCCUCGGACAAGCGAGGGAUUCGACGUCGAAGAGCAGUCUCUAGAAUUAGCCAUACCUGCCAAUGUCGCAUUUUGGUAUGCACCCUGAGGUAUCGAUCAAGGUCGCAGCUGCACCUUUCACAU